AUGCAGUCUAUACGAGAUGGCCCGAUCGGAGUCAAACAGACUGACGGAGCCAUCAUCAACCCCAUUGCAACGCCAGAGGGUAUAGAGACCCCCAGUGGAACAAAUACACCACGAAAUGAACUGGAAUCAUGCUUCCAGAUCGUCACCUGGACCGGCCCCGACGACCCUGAAAACCCACAAAACUGGCCGCUACGAACAAAGCUCCUACGAUCCUCAGCCCCGCUAACCGUGAUCUUCGCCAUCGCAUUCGCAUCCAGCGUCUUCGGCGCCGCAGCAGACGUCACAGCAGCCGAGUACGGGGUCUCCCAAGAAGUAAUGUCUCUCGGAGUAGCCCUGUUCAUCGCCGGGUUCGCAACGGGCCCGCUAGUCUUCGCACCAAUGGCCGAAGUAGUCGGCAACGCCCCCGUCCUGGCCGUUGCACUCGCAGGUUGCGCACUCUUUCAAAUCCCGCUGGCCCUCGCGCAGGGCGUCGUCACGAUCCUGGUCUGCCGGUUUCUCGCUGGGAUGUUGGGGAGUGGAGGGCUUGCUGUGGGCUCGGGGAUUCUGGCUGAUAUCUAUGGGCCGAUUACCCGUGGUGUCGCGGUGGGUAUGUCCGCGUCGAUUAUGAAUCUGGGCUCUAUCAUUGCUCCCAUCGCGGGUGCCUAUAUCGUCGAGCGAUACGGUUGGCGAUGGACGGCGUGGGUAACUUUGAUGAUCUGCGGCGUUGUGGGUAUCCACGCUGCGGUGUUACUGCGCGAGUCAUCUCACAAUCGCAUCCUCAUGAGACGCGCAGCUAGACUCCGCCGUGAAACGGGGAACGUGAACCUCCGGGCUCGUGCUGAGAUGGCCUCUCUAGACCCGCAGGUACUUCUUCGCAAGUACGGCACCAAACCGGUGCGAAUGUUCAUCCAAGAGCCCAUCCUGAUAGUCAUGACGAUAUACCUGACUCUCGUCUAUGGAACACUCUACCUGUCAUACCAGUUAUUCCCCAAGGCCUUUCAAAAUCACGGCUGGAGUAAGCCUACGGCAACCCUACCGUUUCUAUCCGUUGGCUUGGGCGUGUUGUCCGCACUUGGACUCUUCUCGUUAUUCACAAUGACCUGGUACAAGUCACGAUGGCUAGAUUCGCAAAAGGCCAAGACGGAAGAAGAAGGGAAAUCUUCUUCUUCCCAAAUCAAAAUCACCCCAGAACACAGACUACCCCCCAUGAUCUUGGGUGCAGUGAUACUCCCACCGGCACUCCUCUGGUUCGGCUGGUCAGGAAACGUCCAUUGGGCAUCGCAGCUCGUCGCAUGUUUCUUCAUCGGGAUGGCAUUGCAAGUGAUUUUCAUCAGUGGAAUUGUUUACAUUGUCGAUACCUAUCUGCUGAACACCGUCUCGGCUAUAUCGAUUCACGUCAUGGUUCGCUCGUUGGUCUCUGCUAUAUUUCCGAUCGUCGAAGGGCCGAUGUAUGAGAAGUUGCAUAUUAAUUGGUCGGCAACGUUGCUCGCCGGCUUGUCGGCGGUGAUUAUGGUUUCACCGAUUGUUUUUAUGAUAUAUGGAUCUCGGAUUCGAAGCUGGAGUCGAUUUUCCGUGGGAGGUGACCAAAAUUAG